AGAAGGCGAGUGAAAAAGCAAGCGAGAGAGCAAAAGCGAGUGAGGAAAGUGAGUGAGAAAAGCGAGCGAAAAAAAGCAAGCCAGAGUGAGAGGAAAAGCGAGCAAGAGAGACAGAAAAAGGGAGAGAGAGCAACAGAAAAAGAGCGCAAAAAAGCGAGAGCGACCGACAAAAAAAGCAAGACAGACCGACAGAAAAAACAACAGAGAAAAAGCGAGCGUGAGAAAAAGCGAUUGAGAAAAAUUGAGCGACAAAAGAAAAGCGAGCGAGAAAAAGUGACCGAGAAAAAGCGAGUGAGUGGGAGAAAAAGCAAGCAAGCGGGAGAAAAAGCAAGCGAGAGAGAAAAAAAGCAAGCGAGAGAGAGCAAAAGCGAGCGAGAGAAAACAUGCGAGAAAAAAGCGAGAAAGAGAAAAAGCGAGAAAGCGAGAGAGAGGGAGAGAGAGAGAAAAAAGCGAGCGAGCGGGAGAGAGAAAAAGCGAGAGAGAGAGAAAAAAGCGAGCGAGCAGGUGAAAAAGCGCGAGAGAGAGAAAAAGAGCGUGAGAUAG